GAAAAUAAAGAAAAUAGGGUAGUCCAUGUCCAACCGAGGUUCCGACAUCGUUGCGCUCCCCAACGCACCUCCGCCUUCCCUCCCUCCCGAUGCGAUUAUUUCUCCCGUGUGGGUGUCGUCGCCACCUCUAGUUCCAUCCGCCCUCUCCACCGCGCCACGCGCCCACACCGCUGAGGUAAUCCGCCUCCCGAUCCAAAUCCCUUCUUGCUCUGCUCGGCGCCCAGGGAUCCAAUCCUCGCUCCCGCUAGCCGUGCUCUUUCUGGAUCUAUAUUUCAGGUAUCCCACCAUGGAUGUGCCAAGUAACUGUCCUUCACCAAAACUCCACACAAGACUCAGGCUGUGGGAGUUUGCAGACCGUUAUGUAUUUGAACCAGUUGAUGGUCUAGCUGACCUGUUGCUGUCAGUUAGCCGGGUCAAUGGAUCAAUGAAUCUAAUAGAAGAGUUGCCACAGCGUGGCUCCUCUACGAACCCAAAAGUUCAGAUAGUGUUUGGUGUGAUAGGAGUGCUCAAACUUGCCGUUGGGACAUAUCUUCUGGUGAUCACUGACCGUGAUUGUGUUGGAUCCUACUUGGGGCAUGCAGUUUUCAAAGUGACAGGCCUAAGAGUUCUCCCAUGCAAUAGUUCCCCUAGUGCUUCUGCCGAGCAGAAAAAUGUGGACACAGAAUUUUCGGAACUCCUGGAUGCUGCAGAGAGGACAAUAGGCCUGUACUUCUCCUAUGAUUCCAAUUUAACAGUAACUUCACAGAGGCUACAUGAACUAGGUGAUGAAUUCAAGUCACUUCCACUUUGGAGACAGGUAGCCGUGCCUAAGGGCAUAUCGGUUGAAGUAACCCCUCAUGGACGGACGAAACAAGGGAAGUUACAGAAGGGGGCAGUGAAGGCUCGCCAGGUAGACAGCAAGCCCCCACCCCGUCAGUCCUGUGUUGCCGUAGUGUGCCCUACUUCAAUAAGGCAGAACCAAGAUUUCUGUGGAAUGGAUACUUGUUGGAGCCUCUUAUUGAGAACAAAUUUUGAUUCGUGUUUUGUCCCUUCACAGCUGCACCAGUACUUGUUACCAGUCAUCCAAGGAAGUUUUCAGAGCAUCCAUGCAGAAGUUAGGUCAGAAAAGGUAAAUGUAACUCUGAUUGCACGAAGGUGCACACGGAGGAUAGGUACCCGGAUGUGGAGGCGAGGAGCUGAUCCAGAGGGUUAUGCUGCAAACUUUGUUGAAUCAGAGCAGAUAAUGCAAUCAAAAGGAUUUACAGCAUCCUAUGUACAAAUUCGAGGUUCUAUGCCUUUUCUUUGGGAGCAGAUCGUUGACCUGACAUAUAAACCCAGUUUUCAUGUUGUAAGAGUAGAAGAGGCGCGUCGUGUACUUGAGCGGCACUUUCAUGAUUUACAAAAGAAAUAUGGAGCUGUUGUAGCUAUUGAUCUUGUCAAUACACAUGGUGGUGAAGGCCGUCUUUAUGAUAGAUAUGCAAAAUCUAUUGAACCUAUACUCAGCGAAGAUAUAAGAUUCGUGCAUUUUGACUUCCAUAAAAUCUGUGGUCAUAUUCAUUUUGAGCGCCUUUCUCAGCUCUACGAUCAAAUUGAGGAUUAUCUCAAGAAGCACAAGUACUUCCUCUUGAGUGAUAAAGGUGAGAAAAUUGAGCAGCAAACUGGCACUGCCAGAACAAAUUGCGUCGACUGUUUAGAUCGCACUAAUGUAACUCAGAGCAUGAUUGGGAGAAAACUUCUGGAAAGCCAGCUCCAACGAAUAGGGGUUUUUGGUGCUAAUGAUACAGUCAGUAACUUUCCAGAUUUUGAUGCAAAUUAUAAAGUUUUGUGGGCCAAUCAUGGAGAUGCAAUAAGCACUCAGUACUCUGGAACUCCUGCUUUGAAAGGAGAUUUCGUUCGGUAUGGGAAGCGAACUACUCAGGGAAUUUUAAAUGACCUAUGGAACGCACUUGCUAGAUACUACCUGAACAACUUUGCAGAUGGUACUAAGCAGGAUGCCAUGGAUCUUCUUCAAGGACAUUACAUCUCCUCUGUUAGUAGGGACAUGGCAGCUCCAGUUAAAGCAGGACUUCUCGAGAAUUAUGCGUCAUUCCGCCUUGCUUUCGCAUUGAUUUUGGUAGCUGUUAUGUUCAUGAUCAUGUCACUGAGACAAGAUGUUGCCAAAUGUGGACAACUAGCUACUUUGAUGACACUGCAGCACGGAAUGAUCCCCGCCACUUGGUGCUGUCACUUAUGUGGGCUGGUCUUUGCAUCGGCAUAUCGCGAUAUGUCAAAACCAAUGGCCGUAUGUUCUGCAAUCGACCACGUUUUCACCAGUCACGCCAUUGAUCGGUGCAGAGAGAUCGUUUCUACAUCAAGGGAGCUUGACAGCUUGCUGCAACACCAAUUUUGUGAAGAUUCUAUUCAUUUCAUUCUUUUCUAAAGAGCUUGUAUUCCUCAAUUUUGUGUCGAUCCCUGAUAUUAUUGUGCACGUUGUUGCUAUGCAAAUUGCUUCUGAACAUGUUGUAUCACGGACUUAUUAUAUAUGUCGCUCAGCCGGUCAUGAUGGCUAUUCUUCCCAUAUUUUCCCCAGGGAACGAAAAGAAUUAAUGUAAUUCAUAAAAUCUCACGGAAUAAUUCUUACCUUUACAGAAUGCAUUAUGUCUAAGAAAA